AUGGCCUCCAUCUCCCUCAUCAUUAAUUCAUUCAAGCACAUUAGAAGAGCUCUAAGUAAGAGAGAGAACAAAGCAAAGAAGGCUCACAUAGAUAUGAGGUCCGCCGUCGGUCAGCGUGUCUACGAUGAUUUCGUUCCCUCGCAUGAGUUCAUUCGAGAGGAAACUGCUGGUACACUCACCGUCGAGCUCCCAGGAUAUAAGAAAGAGCAAAUCAAAGUUCAGAUUGAUAAGUAUGGGAAGCUGAAGAUUAGCGGAGAACGUCCUCUCGAAGGCAACCGAUGGAGCCGAUUUCGCAAAGAAUUCCAAGUCCCUGAGAACUGCAACGUUGGUGACAUCCGUGCUAAGUUCGAGAACGGGCGUCUCAAUGUGUUAUUACCAAAAUUGAUCACCGAAGAAGUCAAGGGGCAAGAACAGCCUACAGAAGCUCCUCAGAAGCCCGAGGAAAGCCAGAAACCGACGACCGAGCCGAAACCGAGCACCAGCCAGGAUGACAUGAACCAGAAAGCAUCUGUUAAGCCAAAUGGUGUUGCUAAGAAACAAGAAGAUGAGAAGAGAGGUGAACCGGCCGCUGAUGCAAGAAAAGAUGUGCAGAAGGUGGGGGAGAAGGAGAAGGAUCAAACUGAAGAGAAGAAAUAUGAUGAGAAGGUUGCAGGUGCUGUGAAACAUGAAGAGGGUGAGAAAGGUGAUGCAGUCCCUGAUGUCCAGAAAAAGGAGGCAGUGUUGGAACCUGCGGCAGCCGGCAAUGGCAGAAACGGGGAGAGUAAGUUGAAGCACAAGUUGGAUGAAUUGGGCUUCGACUUCGACAAGCAAAAGCAGAUCAUGGUGAAUGGAAUUGUGGCUGCUGUGCUCUUGGUUGGGUUGGGAUGGUACCUGACCCACAAACUGAGUCCAAUGGAGGAAGGUCGCCACUAAGCUAGCCAAGCAAUGUCUGCUUUCAUGGAAACAUUGGAGGCAUUUGUGAUUUAUUAAACGUAAAGGAUACCUGAAAAGAAAAUAAAGUGAGAAAAUGUUAGAAUUCUCUGUUUAAAAUGGGCUUGCGUAUAUGUGGGAGAUGAUCCUAAAAACUAGAGAGGGAGAGAUGCAGGUGGAGAAGGAAUGGCAUUGCUUUGCUCAUCAAGCAUGAUGUUCCAUCACACAUGUAUUUAUAUAUAUUAAAAAAUAAACUUAUCCUCGAGACAUAAGGUUU